CUGUCACCGCGCCGGGACUGCUCACGCUUUCACGGUGCCCGGUGGAUGCCUGCAGCGGGCGGGCCGGGCUUGGGCGCGGCCUGGCGGCGCCGGGUGGAACGGAUCGGACGCCUCGCUGCUGCCGUUGGCGGUGAGUCUUGCUGCCGGACUUCUUCGGCCUCGGGCGCUGCCUCACCUUCGGCUCCGUGAGGCGAACGGGAAAGUGGACGGGGCCGCGCUCGGCCCGCACGGCGGGAGCGGUGGGACGGCAGGAGCGAUAGGACGGCGGCAGUAGGAGUGAGGCGGAAGGAGUGGCGGUGCCCGCGGGCUACACAGAAAGGAUAUUCUGGAAAAGUGAAGUUGGAAGAUCUCUGUGAUCAAGAGAAGCAUAAACAUGUUGUGCUGGGGAAAUGCAUCUUUUGGACAGCUUGGAUUGGGUGGAAUUGAUGAAGAGAUUGUUUUAGAACCCAGAAGAAGUGACUUUUUCUUAAAUAAAAGGAUCAGAGAUGUAGGAUGUGGACUGAGACAUACUGUUUUUGUCCUGGAUGAUGGGACUGUUUACACAUGUGGAUGCAAUGACCUAGGACAACUGGGGCAUGAAAAAGCCAGGAAAAGACCUGAGCAUGUUGGUGCACUGGAUGCCCAAAAUAUUGUAGCUGUGUCAUGUGGAGAAGCUCACACCCUUGCAUUAAAUGACAAGGGUCAGGUAUAUGCUUGGGGUCUGGCUACUGAUGGACAGCUUGGUUUGCCGGGAACAGAGGAAUGCAUCAGAGUGCCAAGAAAUAUUAAGAGCUUAUCUGAGAUCCAAAUUGUUCAAGUUGCCUGUGGUUAUUACCACUCACUAGCACUAUCAAAAGGAAGUGAAGUGUUCUCCUGGGGACAAAAUAAAUAUGGGCAGCUGGGCCUAGGUUACGAGUAUAAAAAACAGAACUCGCCACAUAUGAUCAAAUCUUUGCUGGGAAUCCCUUUUGCGCAGAUUGCAGCAGGAGGUGCUCAUAGUUUUGUACUCACACUUUCUGGAGCCAUUUUUGGAUGGGGACGAAACAAAUUUGGGCAGCUGGGUCUUAAUGAUGAUAAUGACAGGUAUGUUCCUACACUGCUAAAGUCACUGAGAAGUCAGAAGGUCGUUCAUAUAUGUUGUGGAGAAGAUCAUACUGCUGCCCUUACAAAGGAAGGUGGGGUUUUUACAUUUGGAGCUGGAGGCUAUGGUCAGUUGGGUCAUAACUCUACCAGCCAUGAGAUAAACCCAAGGAAAGUUUUUGAACUGAUGGGAAGCGUUGUCACACAGAUCACUUGUGGCAGGCAGCACACUACUGCGUUCGUUCCUUCUUCUGGAAGAAUUUAUUCUUUUGGACUUGGAGGGAAUGGGCAGUUAGGUACCGGAACAACCAGUAACAGGAAAAGUCCCUUCACAGUAAAGGGAAACUGGCUUCCUUAUAGUACUCAGUGCCCCAAAACAACAGACAGUGAGGAGUUUUACUGUGUAAAGAGAAUUUUCUCCGGUGGGGACCAAAGUUUUGCACACUACUUUUAUCCACAGAACAUGGUACUACCAGAUGAUUUCAGGUAUCCUGACUUUUUGAAGCAGAUCUGGACUGUGAAUGAAAUGUUUAUUCAAAGAUUGCUGAGUUUCCCCUCUGGAAGGCUUCCUGUAGAGAUAGCUAAUGAAAUCGAUGGAACAUUCUCCUCAGCUGGAUGCCUGAAUGGGAGCUUUCUGGCUUUGAGCAAUGAUGAUCAUUACAAAACCAGCACUAGAUUCUCAGGGGUUGAUAUGAAUGCUGCUAGACUACUGUUUCACAAACUUAUACAGCCUGACCACACUCAUAUAGCACAACAGGUGGCAGCUAGCUUGGAAAAGAACCUUAUUCCCAAAUUGACCAGCUCCUUACCAGACGUCGAAGCUUUGAGGCUGUAUCUGACUCUACCAGAAUGCCCACUGAUGAGUGACCCAAACAAUUUCACAACAUUGGCUAUUCCUUUUGGAACAGCUAUUCUGAACCUAGAAAAAGCUCCUCUGAAAGUCCUUGAAAACUGGUGGUCUGUACUUGAACCUCCAUUGUUCCUCAAGAUAGUGGAACUCUACAAGGAUGUUGUAGUCCACCUUUUGAAGUUGUGCAAGAUUGGGGUUCCAGCUUCUGAGAGAAGAAUCCUUACCAAUUUUCUACAGACAGCCUUCAGAGUUCUGGAGAUUCUGCAUCGAGUAAAUGAAAGAGGACAAGUGAUACAGUAUGACAGAUUCUACAUUCAUGAGAUCCAAGAUUUGAUAGAUAUCAGAAAUGACUAUGUCAACUGGGUCCAGCAGCAGAUGUUUGGAAUGGAUGUCAACCAUGGAUUAACUGAGUUAACAGAUAUUCCUGUUACAAUCUGCACAUACCCAUUUGUGUUUGAUGCCCAAGCAAAGACAACUCUACUACAAACAGAUGCAGUCAUACAGAUGCAGAUGGCUGUUGAUCAGGCUCACAGGCAGAAUUUAUCUUCUCUCUUCCUGCCAGUAUUUGAAUCUGUCAACCCAUGCCUGAUAUUAAUGGUACGGAGAGACAAUAUUGUAGGAGAUGCUGUGGAAGUCCUAAGGAAAACCAAGAAUGUAGACUACAAGAAGCCACUUAAGGUUAUUUUUGUAGGGGAAGAAGCUGUUGAUGCUGGAGGUGUUCGCAAAGAAUUUUUUUUGCUCAUCAUGAGGGAGUUGCUAGAUCCCAAGUAUGGAAUGUUCAGGUGUUACGAAGAGUCCAGGCUGAUCUGGUUCUCUGAUAAGACCUUUGAAGACAGUGACUUGUUUCAUUUGAUUGGUGUUGUCUGUGGGCUAGCAAUAUAUAAUUUUACUAUUGUAGACCUUCCCUUCCCAUUGGCUUUAUAUAAAAAGCUAUUGAAUAAGAAACCAUCCUUGGAUGACUUAAAAGAAUUGAUGCCAGAUGUUGGCAGGGGAAUGCAACAGUUACUGGACUAUCCAGAGGAUGACAUAGAAGAAGCAUUUUGUCUUAAUUUCACUAUCACUGUGGAAAAUUUUGGUACAACAGAAAUUAAAGAGCUUGUUCCUAAUGGUGCUGACAUUCCUGUAGCCAAACAAAAUAGGCAAGAUUUUGUAGAUGCAUAUGUGGAUUACAUCUUCAAUAGAUCUGUGGCUUCCUUAUUCAGUGCAUUCCAUGCAGGCUUCCACAAAGUGUGUGGAGGUAAAGUUCUUCAGCUCUUCCAGCCCAGCGAGUUGCAGGCAAUGGUGAUUGGGAACACAAAUUAUGACUGGAAAGAACUGGAGAAAAGUACAGAAUACAAAGGAGAAUACUGGGCAGACCAUCCUACAAUUAAAAUAUUCUGGGAGGUCUUUCAUGAGUUGUCUCUGGAGAAGAAAAAGCAGUUUUUGUUGUUUCUGACAGGCAGCGAUCGUAUUCCAAUUCUGGGAAUGAAGUGUGUUAAACUGGUCAUCCAGCCAACGGGAGGUGGAGAAGGUUAUCUUCCGGUAGCUCACACUUGCUUUAAUCUUCUUGAUCUUCCAAAAUACACGGAUAAAGAAACCCUGAAAUCUAAGUUGAUCCAGGCUAUAGAUCACUACGAAGGUUUCAGUUUAGUGUAACUUCAGAAACGAGAGUUGUGUGUAACGUGGGAUCAUUAAACUAACUUUUGGUGUCUUUCUUGUGGUGGUAAAUAUGGUGGUUUAAAUGGAAGACUUGAUAACGUAACUGAUUAUUUGCAGCAGUGUUCUGUGAUACGGAUAUUCAUGGGAGCCAAAACACAUACAAAGAUGAGGAACUGUCUUAACACACCUUCUUGUACAGAACCAUGUGGAUUUUGCUAUCUUCCAAUAAAAACGAGAGCAUUGUGACUGGGAGUCAAGUUUCACUAACGUGACUUAACAUUUCACCUUAUGCAGACAAUUUGGCGUGAGUGCAUGAGAGACUUGCUUAAGUUUUUCAAACCACUUAGUAAGAAUAUUUAACUUUUCCCCUGAUAAAUUCACUUGGUAACUUUUCAUUUUGUAAAUAGUAAAUUUUUGUGAUAAAAUAAUUAUGUUCCAAUAGCCGUAUGGUUUCUAUUGCUUGUAAUUGAAUAUGAGCUUAUUUUAUGGCUUUUAACAAGAAAAGUGACUAUGAUUUCUGAAGAUAUAUAUUUUUCUGGUUUGUUUUAAGAACCUCAAUAAUGAAAGUGAUUCUUUAAGAGACUUUCAUCUUCACAAUGUACAAUCCA